GGCUCGAGCGGAUUUUUGAACUCUGCGCGCGCGUUCGCGCACGCGGCUCUCCGAGACUUUCGCUCCGACGGCGGCAUCUUCCUGGCCAGGAAGCCACGUCCCGGCGCCAGCGACUGGGAGUUCCGCCACUUGACGAGUAUUAGCGGCCCGCGGCGGCCCCGCCGCGUCCGCUCCAUGGAUGGCGGCUACCUGAGAGCGGACCCACGCACCACGGGACAGCGCAGGGCCCGCCCGAACACCGGCCCUCCGCCGCCGGGUGCCCCCAUGGCCGGGAAUCGAAUCCGCUACAUCGAAAUCAGCUGCGAAGCGUUAGCCGUUCCAGGCAGCUCGGUGGGCGCAGUAGCACCCUCCGCUUCCUGGCCGUCGGCGGCCGCUGCGUGAUGCCUCCAUGACGUCGUGGGCGGGCAUGUCCGGCUCGGACUCGCCGCCGCGGGAACCCGAACCACCGCCCGAGUGCAGCAGCUCGACCGGCUCGUCAGCUUCGCCGCUGCACGCGCCACACCAAUACCGCUUCGGGCUGCACAAUGACCUCGGAAACUUCACCACCAAGCCGCCCAAGCUGUACCCUGAAACCGGUGAGCCGAGCGGCGGCGGCAGCGGCGGUGGAGCGGCGGCGGCGGCGUGCGCAGCGUCGGCGUCCCUGCCGACGGGGCGCUCGCCGGCGCCGCUGGUGGCCGUGCAGUCGACGCCGACGCCGCCCCCGAGCGAGGACCACCUGCCACCGAGCGGGGGCGGCAGCCUGCCGCUCAGCGCCUCCUGUCACUCUCUGACGGCCGCCACGACGGGCAGCAGCCUGGGCUCCUCCAUCAACGACCUGACGCUCGAGGCCGAGCAGCUGGAGCGCGCCAUCCGCGCCAACGAUGUGGCCGCCACGCGCCGCCUCCUGGAGCUGCACCACGGCCGCUUCUCGGUCAACCUGCACGGAAGCUUGCUGGACAAGAGCAGCGCCGGCUCGGCCAGCCAAGACAUGGAGAUCCUGCUGCGUAAAAGCCAGACGCUCAUCGACCGCUUCGGUCGCGGUGACUCGGUCUCCACGGACCUGGAGCCCGUGCCGGCCGUGUUCGCAUCCGCACUGCACCUGGCCGUCGAACAUCAAGCGCUCGACGUGGUCGGCCUCUUGCUCAAGUACGGCGUCGAGCCCAACGAGGCCGGCGUGCCUUUGGGCAGCCUGCGCCGCGGAAGCUCGGCUGCCUCCGAGGCCAGCGGCUCGCUGCGCCGCGCCACGCUCAGCCCGCGCACCGCGGGCCACAGCCCCGAGCAGGCGCCGUCACCCGAGCUGCGACGCCGCAAGUACGUGCCGCUGCGUCCCGAGCUGGCAGCCUCGCUGCGCGUCGUUCGCCACUCGCCCGACGGCCGGGAAAUCACCUUCGAAGAAGAGUAUACGCGCGACUUCCUCUACAGCCUGCCGCCGCUGUUCCUGGCCGCCGCCCUGGGCCGCACGGCGGCGGCGCGGCUGUUGCUCAAGUACGGCGCCGCCGCCAGUCCCCGCGACAAGAACGGCGUGACGCCGCUGCACCUGGCCGCCUGUCAGCCGCAGCCGUCAUGGCCCUGCCUGCGCCUGCUGCUCGAGGCCGGCGCUCGCAUCCACACUGCCAGCUUGCGCGGCGCCACUCCCUGCGACCUGGCUGAGGCCGACCUGAGCGCCGUGCAGGUCUCGCUCGUCGAGGCCGCCUUCGCAGGCGCUCAGAACGCCGCGGCUGCCGCAGCCGCGGUCCUCCAGACCGCCGCUCCUGGGGCGUCCAAUUCCGCAGCAGCAGCCGGCGCCGUUCCCGCCGCGGCAUCCUCGGUGGCGCCCGCCGCGCCGCCCGUCAAGCCACUCCAAGAAGAAAGUCACGCGACGCGAUCCAACAUACUGCGUCGCCUGCAGGACUCGAGGCCGGGCCAGACACACCGGGGCUCGGCCCGCAAGAAGGAGCCACCCGACGAGCUGGCUCCGUCGCCAGACGGCCCACCGCCAUCUGGACGACAGCGCAGCCCUGGAGUCCUCACUACGGCGCCUGACGAAGACAAGACGCAGGAAAGAGUACCCAGUGCGGAGCCCCAAUGUUCCAAGCUGAACCGCCGAAAAAGCGGCGACGAUGGCCGACUCAGAGCCAAGUGCAACACACCAUCCGCCGAAGAAGUAGAGCCGGCCAGCCAGAAGGUGGACGCGAGCCUGGCGGCGCUCACGCGCAUGGCACACAACCCCGAGUGCCUGGACAGCAUCCUUUCCGGUCUUCAGCGCCACCUGGGGGCCAUCAUCGAGCUGACGCUGCUCGUGGACGGCGACCGGCUCCAGCGUCCACUCGCGGCCCUCUUUAACCGCAUCCUGCUGACGGUGACAACCGAGCAGAGCGACACAGAGGCGGCCGACGAGGACAUGGUGGCUGCGCACAUGUGCCAACUUCUACGCGUGGCGCUGAGCAGCCUGCGCGGUGGACAGGCACUGCAGUUCACCGCUCUGCUGCUCAUCAACAAGCUGGUGGACCUGGGCGUAGCCCGGGGCCUGGCGUUGAGGCCCAGCCGUAACCGAGCCUCUGGCCGCUGCUCGGCGCACAGGCUGGCAGCACUGUGGCACCAGUCAUCGAGCCUCAAGGAGAACCACGGCUUCCAGCCUCUGCCCUCGGUGUUCCCUUGGAAAGUGCCCAAAGCUCCCGAUCCACCGCCGGGCCGCUGGUGGUGGGCAUGGCGGUCGGGUGGCCGUGACCCAGCGGCCGACGCCGAGCCACCGUCCCGCGCCAGUCGGCCCAGCUUCCUGGCCAUCUUGGCCGACGAGGGCGUCGACUUCCUGCUCAACAUGCUCAACAACGCCAUUACUCUGCACAAGCGCGUCGUCGGCACCCGCCACCACUGCACGCCCUCUCACCGGUGGCGCCAUUGCAGCUACCACUGCCUGCAGAUUCUUAGUGCCCGGGCCGUCCUCUUCAUGAGCCAAAACACCGACGUCCAGAACAAACUGGUUGAGGAAGCCCACCUCAAGAUACUGGUGAACGCGUUGGAUUCGACACACGACCCCCAACUGCUGUGCCUGGUGCUACAAAUCGUGGCGACGCUGGCGCUGGUUCCCGACCACCACACGGCGCUCACGGACGCCGAGCUGCCGGACAGUCUGACGCAACUGGUCCUGCCAUCGGACGAGUGGUACUACACCAACCACAGCACCAAGUACGCGCGCUACGUGAAACAUCAUGCCGCCAGAGUGCUCGUCUACCUGGGCAUGGAACAGCGUCUCCGCAACAAGGUCUAUCUCUUCGACCUCAUCGAGGACCAGGCAGCCCCGUCGACGCCUAUGCUUGACAGCGGUGAAGAUGGCUACAUCGUCGACACGUCGAUGCCUCCCUGCGCCGUCAAUGACUCGGCACAGCGACUUGUCGGCAUUUCCGUGGAGACCUUCGUACUGGACAUGCUCAAGCACGCCGAGAGCCUGACCUGCUCAGUUGGAAAAAAGACCGUGCCUCCACAGCAGAAGUCUUUCCUUGACUUCUGUUUCGAUCCAGUCAGUAAGUACACCAGCGAACUCACGUUCUACAUCGCCCUACUCAGAUAUCACAUACACAUGGGAGGUGGAACUUGCGAUUGA